AUGAAGUUCGCCUACUUUUUGUUGGCUGCGAUUGCCUCCGCCAAUCCAGUUGAAAACGUUUUGCAAUUGAACAGAAGAGAUUCUUUCAACUUCACAAACGCUACAACUGAAAGUCUCACUACCAUCAGUCUCACUACCACCGUCUCUAAAUUGACUACCAUUUACCCUACAGCUGGUUCCGUUUCUAAAGCUAGCUCAGAAUCUUCUGCUUCUGCCGCUGGUUCUAGCUCUGUUUCUGCUGCUGAUGUGACCUCUGCUGCAAUCUCUGCUGUCAGCCCAGCUCCUCCAAUCUCCAUCUCAGCUUCCAGUAGUGCUUCCGAAUGUUCAUCAACUGAUUCACCUAUUAAUGAAUACGGUUUAUACAAGAACCCAAAUGCCAUUAAGCCAAAGGCGUUCAUCAUUUCUAUGUUUCACUAUGAAACUAUCUGGUACGAAAAGUUGGAUUUUGCCCACAACAUUACCGUUCCAGGUCUUUCUCCACUUUUCCCACACGUACAUUGUGUUACCAACUACAGUAUUUGUCAAUUCAUCACCGGUGAAUCAGAAAUUAAUGCUGCUGCCUCUGUUACCGCUUUGAUGUUGUCCCCUCUCUUUGACCUCUCCGAAACUUACUUCUUGAUUGCUGGUAUCGCUGGUGGUGACCCUUCACAAGUCACUUUGGGUUCAGCCACUUUUGCUGAAUACGUUGUUCAAGUUGGCCUUGAAUAUGAAGUUGAUUCACGUGAAAUUCCAGAGAAGUACAACUGGACCACCGGUUACUUCCCAUACGACUCCUAUGAACCAGAUGCAUACCCAGGAAGUUGGUACGGUACCGAAGUUUUCCGUGUUAACGGUAAAUUAAGAGACAGAGCCUUUGAAUUGGCUUCUAAUGUUACUCUUAGCGUCGGCACUGCAAAGAACGUUGCCUUCAGAGAAUUAUACGACUACGCUCCAGCCAACCAAGCUCCUGCUGUUGUUAAGUGUGAUGGUGUUACCUCCGAUACUUACUGGUUUGGUGACAUUUUGACUUCCUACUUCAGCAACUUGACUCACACCAUGACCAAUGGUUCUGCUACUUUCUGUGCCACUGCUCAAGAAGAUAACGCCAGUAUGGAAGCCAUUAUGAGAGCUCACUUAUUCGGUCUUGCUGAUUUUUCAAGAGUUGUUGUUAUGAGAACUAUCUCUGAUUUCGCCAGAGCUCCACCAAAAUAUGACGAUGAUGCCAUCAACUUCUUCAACAAUGUUUCCCAGGGUGGUUCUUAUGUCUCAAUCGAAAACAUUUACAGAGCCGGUUUGCCAUUCAUUGAGGAUGUUUUGGAAAACUGGGACACUUUGUAUAGCGUCGGUGCUUUUAAAACUGAUGAGUACUUGGGCGACGUUUUUGGUACUUUGGGUGGUACUCCAAACUUUGGUCCAGGUGCCAUUACUGAACCAGAAGCUUGA